AUGACCUCGGUCAUGGACAACAUCGCGGCCCUGGGGGGGCUCACGCGCGCGGGCAACGCUUUGGCACAGACCCGGCAGCAGCUCGCGCCACCCGCGGCCAACCGCGGGCCGCCCCCAGCCGCGAGCCCCGCGACGCUGGGUGGCCCGACCGAGCCGGCUCGGGAGCUCGUCGGUGCUCUGACCGAGGUGAUUCGGUCCAGCUCUCCUGGCGACUCCAGGCUGCAGCAGGCGAUCGCUCGCCCUCGCGACCUCGUGGGCAUCGCGACCCCGACGGCUGCAGCGACAGCGGCGGGCUCUACCGCAGGUGCUGCGCCCUCCUCCAACCCUCUGGCCGCGAACCCGAUCAUCCAGCAGCUGCAGAACGACGUGGCGACGCUCCAGAGCACGGUGGGGACCCAUGGCCUGCAGAUCAGCACCAUCAACGAGAUCAGCGCUGCCACCACUGCCCCGAUGCCGUGCGAAGCUUGGUGGUCUCAGAUCGCGCGCUGCAAAGGCAUCUCACAGUGGCAGGUGAAGCUCCAGUCCCUUGGCAUGCCAGCAUCUGACACGGCGGGGGCGUCGAGUUCCAGUAAGAUCGGCCAAAUCGUGUACUCCCGGCUUCAGUAUGAUGGUUCAUGGAGCGAGGCGGACCUGCAGGCUAUCACGUUCCAAUGA